CCUGGUACCAGCAUACAGGCGAUUGUGCGUCUGGAGGCGUCGCCAUCACCGAUACUGUUGGACGAAGAAGCGACCGUGAACGAUGGAGAGGACAAUAGGGAUAAGGUCAUGGUCUCUGAGGGUGACAGAGUUGGGCUACGCUGCGAGGCCAGGGCACCAAAUAGCCUGGGGCGCCCAGUGGUGACUUGGAGCAAGAAAAAUGGGAAGGAUGAGUCUCUGUUGGCCAGAGUUGGUUUUCGCGGCUACCAGUAA